AUGUUGGAUGGAGAUGCUUUGCAGAUGAGAAGCUGGAAAGGAGGAAAAAAAAAGAAAAUCAAAGAGCAGAAGUGUUUUAAGAUGGAUGAAACUUCUAAAUUGAUGGCAAGAACUGAAGAAAAUUCGACGAAUAUCAGUCAAAAUUUGGCUAAUGUCUCUCAAAAGGUAGAAUUAAAGUGGAAGAAUCGAGAAAGAGUUAUGAUUUUUUGUGCCCGUGGAACAACAUUUCGUUCACGACAUUUAAUGAACGAUUUCAAAAGUCUUAUGCCUCAUUCCAAAUCCGAAAAUAAAUUGGAUAAACGUGAAUAUUUGUCAGUGAUUAAUGAAAUCGCUGAAAUGGCAAAUUGUUCGAAAUGUCUUUAUUUUGAAAACAGAAAACAAAAAGAUCUUUAUUUGUGGAUGUCAAAUAUCACCGAUGGCCCUUCGAUGAAAUUUUUAGUGCAUAAUGUUCAUACAAUGGAUGAGCUUCGGAUGUCUGGCAACUGUUUGAAAUCUUCUCGACCAAUUUUAUCUUUUGAUUCGAAAUUUGAUUCCAAACCACAUUUGCUUUUAAUCAAGCAUAUGAUCGCUCAGAUCUUUACAACGCCUUAUCAUCAUCCUCGCAGUCAGCCUUUUAUCGAUCACAUUUUUUCGUUUUCCUUAUUUCAAGAAGAUAAAAUCUGGUUUCGUAAUUUUCAAGUAGUAGACGAUUCGCUUGAGCUGCAGGAAAUUGGUCCACGAAUGGUUCUCGAAAUCAUACGAAUAUUUGAUGGUUCCUUUGAGGGAAAUGUACUAUAUAAUAAUCCGAAUUAUGUUAGUCCAAACACUAUUCGUAGAAAUAUGAAAAAAAUUGGGUCUGACAAAUAUGUGAAAAGGAAAUCAGAUAUUCUGGGACGAGAGGAAAAAAAUAGGAAAUUGGAGACAGUUCAAUUACCAGAUCCAGUUGGCGAAAUAUUUGAUACAAAUAGAAAAAUACGAAACCCUAAGGCGAAAUUCAUUAAACAUACGAUAGAAAAGAAAAAAUCUCGAAAGAGGAAGAAAAAGGCAGUCCCCUCUGGAAAAUUAAUGCAAAUUGAAUAUGCAUUGAAUGCGGUAAAAAAUGGUCAACCAUCUGUUGGAUUGAGAGCAUCGGAUGGUGUAGUGCUGGCAACGGAAAACAAGGCAUCCAUACUUUACGAGGAUCAAGCCAAAAUUGAGAAAAUAAGUCAACAUAUUGGAUGUGUUUAUAGUGGGAUGGGCCCGGAUUACAGAAUAUUAGUCAAAAAAGCAAGGAAAAUAGCUAUGGAAUAUGAAUUAAUGUAUGGCGAGGAAAUACCUACAACUCAACUAGUUAUGCGUCUGGCAGCAGUUAUGCAAGAAUAUACGCAGUCUGGAGGUGUGCGUCCAUUUGGUGUAUCUAUGCUUGUGGCGGGUUGGGACACAGACCCUAGCAGUGGAAGGCCAUUAUUGUUUCAAUGCGAUCCUUCGGGAGCAUAUUUUGCUUGGAAAGCAACAGCCUUAGGCAAGAAUGAUGUGAAUGGGAAAACAUUUCUGGAAAAACGAUUUAGCGAUUCUCUUGAAUUGGAUGAUGGUAUACAUACUGCUUUACUUACGCUUCGUGAAAGUUUCGAUGUAGGAAUGACUGAAGAUAACGUCGAGAUUGCGAUUUGUAAUAAAAACGGCUUUAAUCGAUUAUCGAAACAACAAAUUAAAGAUCAUCUCGGUGCACUUUAA